CUGACAGUAUGUCCGUGGUGUCAAACUGCUCCGAACACGAUUACAGGUUAGACGAUAGUAGAACGUUUUUAAUCGAGUAACACAGCGAUUAUGAGUCGCAAAAAGAUUAGCUCCUUGAAAGCUGUUAUUUAUAAGAUUAUAUGUAUCGGAUUUACAUAGUCCAAAGCUUUCGCCAGAAUGUUAUUGAUAUUUAGUUGAUACAAAUGUUCAGUAUUCGGUAAUCAAGUCAAGUAGAAAAUCGAAAAUGGGUAAGACUACGCGUGUUGUUGUAUGCGGAAUGAAAGGUGUAGGAAAAACGGCACUUCUAGAACAACUCAUUUAUGGAAAUGUCAACGUACAUACCGAAAUUCACCCUACAAUCGAAGAUAUUUAUGUAGCAAAUAUAGAAACAGAUAGGGGAACAAAAGAGAGAGUACGGUUCUAUGACACCGCUGGACUGGAACCGUUACAAACGAAUGCAAAUAGCCCACAACUGGGACGACAUUAUCUCGGCUUUGCUGACGGCUAUGUUCUUGUCUAUGACACAGCAAAGCCUGAAUCUCUUGACGUUUUAUUGCCACUGAAAAAGGAUAUAGACAAACACAAGGACAAGAAAGAGAUUGCAGUUGUUGUGGUUGGUAACCGAACAAAGCCUGAUGUGGAAUUGAAUAAUUUAGAGAAUACUGCUAGCAAAGCAGCAAAUUGGUGUACCCGGGAAAAAUUACGACAUUAUGAAGUUAAUGUCUUAGACAGGCCGAGCCUAUAUGAUGCCUUUAUUCACUUGUCUUCUAAACUAAAUCCACCACCCAACAAAAGCUCUUUCCCACAACUUGGUAUGGGUCGAAAAAGUGUCAAAGCUGAGGUACCUUGAAUCUCUUCUAUAUUUAAGACGGUCGUAAAAAUGAUGCAUUGUGUGUGUCUUAACUUUUUACUUAUCGAGCGUUUCAGAUCCUAAUUUCAUUGUAUUGAUCUCUCACAUAUUUUAAGCUCGUAGAUGUCCUUCUAUUCUUUCCAGGUUCACUUAUAAAAACGAAGAUAUCUCCUUUACUACUAACAAUUCACCGUACUAAAUGAUAUUUCUAUUGACUAACAUCAAAUAUGUAUUUGAUAUUCUGUGAUGGACAGAUUUCCAAAUAUCCUUCAAAAUGAGCAUUUAAUGAAUAGUAUGAAUUCUGUUUCCAAAUUUGACAAAUUCGAAGUGAGUCCUCAGAUACUUUUAAUCAAUUAGUCAAAUUUCGGAAACACCAAUGAUACAGUGAUAUAAUAUUUCCACAGUGAUACUAGGUAAUUAAAAUAAUGUAGCAUGCAAUAUGUCUGACGAAAAACAAAUCUCAGAAUUAGGAAUCACAACAACAUACACGAAUAUUUCAAACUCAUCUCAUUCAUCAAUAAGAUGAAUUACUCCGUUCGAUUAUCGCUGAUAUAAUACAAAGUGCGUGUUAGAUUACGGUAUAGAUUACAUGAAACAAUUUUAUUAACAUCAACUGCUUAAGUACUUAAUCAAGAUGUAUAACUCUCGUGUAAUCAUUCUCUCUGUUUCACACUCUCUAAGAAUUUAUUUCAACGCAGAAGGAGAAAAAACAAUAAUAAACUAUUAAAUUAUUUUUUGUGACGCUCGUUCCUUAACAUGUACUUAAAAAUCUCAAACUAAUAUUAAUACACACGAAUUUCAAGCGGCGGUAUGUGGAAAACUACGAAGAACAAGAGAAGGAUUUCCUCAAGUUUGUAUAGCUUGGGGAGCAGAGCGUAGUAACGUUCAAUUUGUAAACCCUACAUCUCUUGUAAGAAUAUCGCUUCUGUGCAUUUUCUAGUUUUCAACUUCUUCGGAUUAAUAAUCCAAUCACGUUGUACAUUUAUAUCAUGACAAAAUAUAUUAUCAAUACUAUAUUUAUCAUUAUUAUCAAUAUUAUCAUUUAUUAUUAUUAUUAUGAUUGUUAAUAAAUUUUGCACGUUGUAUCAGAUACAAUAAAAUUCAUAAAUUAUUA